AUGUCUGUAAAAGAGUUGAAUUUUAAUUUUGCUGUAUGGAAUAGAACAUCACUACCUUACAGGUGCCUUGAGGCAUUGGUGACACCUGAGAAAUCGUGUCUCCUCUCCCAUGAAUUUUCUGCAGCCCACUGUGUGGGCGUUUUAGAAUGCGUACCCGACUCUGUCAAGCUGGCAUCACAUGAUCAAGGGCAGGUAGACUCACUCAAGGCAGGCACUGAUGUGUACGAAACUAACCAUGAUAAGCGUUGGAUGAAUCCUCGAGUUGAUGCCAGUGUUAUAACAGACGUGUGUAACCGGGCAGAUUUACCUGAAGUUGAAAUCCUUAGUCUUCUUGAAGAACAGAUCCCUAAGUAUAAACUUCGGGCUGAUACUAUCACUGAUUUCCGUGGCUACGAUAACGAAGACUGGAUACAAACCCCCCUUAUUCCCUUAGAUGACGACCUUGAACUUACUACAGAACAAAUUGAAGAGACAUUGAAGUACUUCAUCUUAUGCGCACAGCGUGUAACCCAGAUGACUAGAACAUACAAUGAUAUUGAGGCUGUGACUCGUCUGCUCGAAGAGAAAUAUGUUAUUCAUGUUGUGCAGCUCCAGAUGUUCUUGGGCAGCAACUACCCACUGCUUCUUGUGGAAGCCAGUUUCGUUUGUCUGAUGGAUGUCAUCAUAGAACCUGUACACUUAUCAUGUCGCCAAAAUGGUCAACAUACCAUGGAUGCUGUAGAUAAACUUCUAACCCUUGUUGAAGGGAAAGAACGAGAUCUUGAACUUGCAGCUCGUAUUGGUCAAACACUUCUUGAGAAAAAUAAGGAAUUAUCAGAUAAGACAGACCAUUUAGAAGAACAGCUUACUGUUGCAAAUGACAAAGUUAGCCAAUUGAAACAUGAAAUUUCUAUGAAAGAUGAGUUGCUCCGGUUUUAUACUCAAGACUUGGAAAAUGCAGAAUGUGACUCCAACAGCAGCACUCCAACAAAGCCUGACAAGGAGCAGCCAAAAAGCUCAAGUGAAAAAGGCUUCAAUUUAUCCAACAUCAAUGUGGACUCCUUGCAGAAGAAGGUGCGACUUCUGGAAGAUGACAAUUUGCAACUGCGUCUUGAGACCUCACAACUUGCUUCCGUCACUGAAGAUUAUGAGGAGAAAGAAGAGAAGUUGGUGCAAGAUUGCCUCAAACAACUGUCUGAUGUCAACAGCCAGUUGGAGAGUUUCUCCGAUGAGCUUGCACAAAAGACAGAGGAGAGUUCUCGUCAGAAAGAGGAGAUUACAAAUCUCUUAUCCCAGGUAGUGGAGCUGCAGAGGAAAAAUCGUGAGAUCUCUUUUGAGAACCUUGAGUAUCACAAAAAGCUUGAAGCAGCAAAAGAUUCUCAGCAGAAAUUAACCAAAGAGUUAGCUGAAUGGCAGGACCGGUAUGAUGAACUUAUGGAAUUAUUUGAAGAAGUCCAAGAUGAAUUGCGCACUCUUCGUCGGAAACACAAGCCAAGUGCUUCUAAGCACUAUAUGUCAUCUACAUCACUGAUGAGAGGUGACUCCUUAGCAUCAGAAUUAGAAACUUCAAUGCGUAGCGAAAUUGAGUAUCCUCAUGGUUACUCACCUGCUGAAAGAAGAAUUCAUAAUUGGAAAAUAUUUGAAACUGCUCGAGCUGCUAAAAAAGCAACACAAAAAAUGAAAGAACGACGUAGCAGCUCACUUUUACUGAAGGUGCCAAGUGGUGAAAGUAGUACAGAGUCUGCAUCUACAUCUGUGAGAAGUUCACUGUAUCUCUCUGAUGGAGAAUCAUUUGCUAGUGAUGGUUACAAUGCUGAUCUUGAAAGUGUUUGUGGCAGUUCCAAUUCCAACCAGCUUGGUCGCCCUGGAAUUCCUGGUUCCAAUGAUUUAGAAACAGCUCUUCGCCGUUUAUUAGUAAAACGUAAUUGGGGAUUACCAGACAAAGACGGCAAGACUGUUCCUGGAUCUACUAAACAUGCAGAACUACUGCAAAGGAGCAUUAUGGAACAAAGUUUCAGUGAGGGUUUAAGUACCCCAAUGUUUUGUCCCACUCCUGAAAGCAUGGUGUCUUCAGAUAGUAUUAUGUCUGGUCUAUCAGUAAGUGGAAGUGCAAGUGUUCACUUUAAGAUCCCAGAAAAGCUUCAGAUUGUCAAACCAAUGGAGGGUUCAGUAACCCUUCGACAUUGGCAGCAACUUGCCCAGCCACACAUAGGUGGCAUUUUUGAGUCACGACCUGGAGUUCAGAUAAAAGGAGAAAAGAAAAUUGAUAUUGAAGAAGAAGUUUAUAAUCUUAGUGAUUAUGAAGAGGAUGAUGAUUACCAAUCGUGCCCAAGCAAAAGAUUCCCUGAGAGUUCGACAAUUUACACCUACACUGACUCAACCGUGAUGCAUCCAUCAGCUCAGCAUUAUAGCCUAGUGAAGGAACCCUCAGAUCAAUCAAACUCUAUGCCUUCCAUCCCUGGCUCUGGGAAAGCAAAUACCAAAAAAACUGCUGAUACAACUACCUUUAGCAUGUCUUUGGGCCUGGCAGCUAUCCUAAAUGAACGUGGACUCAGUGAGACUUGGAAAUUUGGUCGAAGACGCAAGGGUAACUCUUUGAGUCCUGGUGGUGAUGGAGCAACCAGUGAUGAUUCCUUUUCUGGAUCUGGCAUUUAUACUCGCUCCGGUGGGUCCAGCAGUGAUGUAACACCAACUCAUACCAUUCGGAAAAAGGGUUCCAUUCAAAAGGAUAGCAAUGCAAAUAGCACUGGUAGUGCCACGCCUACCACUGACACAACACCAACAGAGAGCCCAGCCAAAACUCAAUCAGUUGGGGCUUCUUUUUUGAACACUCUGAAAUCAAAGGGCUUCUCAAUCUAUGGCAUUUUAUCUUCGCCCUCAUCAGACAAUAACAAUCAAUCAGGAGACAGUACUGCUGCUGAUUCAUUAUCAGAUAGUUCAGCUGUAUAUGAUUCCUCAGCGACCUCAACAACUGUUGCUGCUGCUGCUGAGGGUAUGACAACGACAACUUCAGCAGGGGCUGUCCAAGAGAACAAUCAAAAUAACAAUACUAACUCUGAUGACACUUCAAACAAAGUUUUUGAUGAGUCUGGUGUUCUUGGAGCCAUUACUUCAUUCAGGCAAGGAGGAAUCCUAUAA